AUGGCCGACGCCCACUCUUUCCCUCAAUUCGACCGCCUCCCAACCGAACUCAAAUUCGCCAUUAUCGAAAUCACCAUCAAAUCGUACCUCCGUGAGCGUAUUCGCACAGUCACUAUUACCAUAUCGAGCAAAAAUGGAGAACUCAUGGCCAAAGUGCCCCCUCUCCCGUCAAUACUCUACGUUGAUCGCCUGUUUCGAAGCGAGGCUUUGCGACUACUUCGCCCGGAGAGCACCCGUAAAGCGACUCUCAUGAAGCUGUUCUCAUCUACCUUCAAUUCCGCUCUCCCUCUCAAUACACACGUGCCUACCCUCGCCACUUGGGCCGAUCCACAGGUCGUCUUCGACCCUAAGAGAGAAACCUUAGAAUUCGACCUACGAUCCCUCAGCAGAGACGACCCGCAGCACACAGCGAAGCAGUGGCUAGCUCGGCUCUCGACAGGCCUCCGAAGUCGCGUAACUAUGGUACAAUUUUCGGUCGAAAAUCAACCGCUGUUGCGAUACGACGAAGGUCUAAAGCUCAAUACAUACGAAAACGUGCCGAAACUCCUAUCUAUCUGCGUUAUCGAGGAAGAAGCGUGCAUGCAUACUUUGCAUGAGGGUCAAUGUCACGUCGUUUACAGUAUCUACAGGUUGAGGAGUCACGUCGACACCAGCAUGGUGCCAUACUGUACGUACUACUUUUUCCCUUCCAUCGAGGCCGGGCGGCAGAGGGACAUGCGAUUUUGGCUCUCUCUCUGCCGCGAGACUCGGCCAUUGCUGAUAGCAAGGGGUUGA